AUGUGUUAUUUCGAACAGACUCGUUGGAGUUGUGGUUACUGGCGCUGGGGCCACUUCCGCCAGCAGUGCAAUAAGGAAUAUCGAAUGGGAGAGACGUGCGGGCUGAAGCUGAUCUAUGAAACAAAACCUGAUCCCGACGUCUGUAAGCUAUGUCACGAUACGGAGAAGAAACGACGGCGUCUGGCCAAGAUGACUCUGGAUGUGGAGCGUUGGAAGGUUGAGGGCAAUCGGACAGCCACCAUCGAAAGGACGGAGGAGGAAAUGGCAGCUGUCAGUGCUCAAAUCGCGGUAAUGGAUGAAGAUCAUUUGCGCAGGCUACAAACGCUUGCUCAGGUAUGA